AUGUAUACAGAUCUCACAGACUCUAUCUCCACAUCUGAUUGGCGAAGGACAGUUUGCUAUGAUCUUCUCCCUACGGCACCUACUAAAAGAACGUUGCAUCAGUUGGCUCAGACCAAAGCUAACUCAUAUGCAGUACAAUGA